AUGUGGCAUCCCAUCGCGUUGGAGCUGCACGAGUCGGACCAAGUCGAUCCAUCAGGCAUGGAUGUGUUUUAUGCAGCUGGCUAUUUGUUCGGGAUGCCGAGCAGACAUGCCGAACUGCUCUGUGGCCUUAACAGGGCUAGACCUGCGGUGGUUAAAGCUGACCCGGCUUGUGGGGAUUGGAUCGUCCCUGGUCGUGGCGUGGCUCAGGGAGAUCUUGCCAGUCCGUUGGCAGCGGUCCUCUUUGCGGCUGCUCACGCCGCUGUGGUUCACAGCGAACUCCCUGAGGUCUCCUUGUACACCUUCAUUGACGACCGCACUCCGUGCAGUUGUUCGUGUGGAGACAUGCAACAGGCUGUUUUUCUUCUUACUGAACUUGAUCACUUGUCUGGUCAAGCCGAAGAUCCCUUCAAAGAAGAAAUGGCUUGCAUUCAUCCCAGUGAGGAUAUGCUUCGGCAGUUUCCUCGGGCUCGUUCCGACUACUUGGAUUUGCUUGGCAUCAGGCUCAGUUGCAACGACAAUGCCCAUUCCAUCUCUCCGAAAGCUGCGGCGCGCAGAGCUGAAGUUUUCACAAGACUGGAGCGUUUGCGCCGCGUCGGUGGUGGUCUGCAAUUCGGCGGAACCGCCUUGCAUAGAGUGGUGGUCGGCAUCACGAGUCUCCUGCGUUUUGAUGCUGCUUGGAUCCACGCCUCCUUUCAGGAAGUUUUUCAAAUGGCUACCAAGAUUGAGAUGACCGCGCAGUCCCGUAAGCGCUACGACUCUUGGCCGCAUCGGGGUGCGGCUUGGAUUGUUAUGCGGCAGGGCUGGCACAUUGUCUGGAAUCAUGCUCAGGGCACUCGGGGCUCCUUUGCGGAAGCUCUGCGGGAUGCUUACGCCAUGUUGCAUUGGGGCCCCACUAAUGGUUGGCGUGACAGAGUCAUUGAAUCACACACCUCUGUUCGCCACGUGCGCAUCGACAUGCCUACCAUCGAUGACUGCGAUGAGUUUGCCAUUGGCCCACACCGGGCCUUAGAUUCUUUCGUCGCCGAUUUGUCGGCGGAGAUGAAACAGUUUGUUCCCAUCUCUGUUGAUGGUUGCACACUUGUUGCUACGGAAGGAGGCGCGCGAAUCCGGAUGCAGUCCAUACGUGGGAUCGAGAGGUUGCUUGGGUUCCCGGUCAUGGCAGGGCUAGGCUUCGACAUGUUCCUGAUGUUUGGCCGCUUGGUCGAACUGGCUGUGCGCCAGGGCGAUGGCUGUAGGCAAGGGCGCGGCACUUGUGGAAGCACAGUAGCUGGCGGAGCGGUGCUAUCAGGGUGUCAGAAUCUCAGUGAGGAAGUGGCUGCUCGUGUCUUAGAGGCGGACGUUCCUACAGUGAUACUCGGAGACUUCAACUCCGAACCUUGGAACGAAGAACUUGUUGAAGACAUGGACACGGACAUGCGCAUUGCUGACCAUCGGAAGUAUCUCAAUGAAGAGUUGCGUAAGACUGCGGCCAAAACUUCGGCCGAUCGGCUUACUGUGUGGCGCGAGGGUGCCCGGAAAGGGGGCAUGAAGGCCCUUUUUGACCUUGUCGGCAAUAAGACUCGUCCUGGUUUGACGGCGGUUCAAACUCUUCAGGGCCCUUCUGCCGACCCGGCGAUUGUUCAAGCAUGUGCCGGAGAAGCGUGGAGUCGCAAGAUGCGUGGCCUGCUGCUGGAGACUGGCAAGUUCCAUCUCGAGGUUUGGCUCAGGGAGAUCCCCUUAGUCCAUUGGGAGCAGCUCUUUAUGCUGCAGCUCAUACAGCAGUAUUGGCCGCUGAGGUUCACGGACUCUCUUUUCAAACGUUUGUUGAUGACCGAACCACCAUUGCCCACAAUGUUGCCGAUCUUGUCCGGGCAGGGUUGGCAGAUUGAGCCUGUCGCCAUCGGCCUCUUCUCUGUUGUUUAUGCUGCUCGCCGCAUUCAGAUGUCGGUUGACUGGACUUUGGAUUCGGUUGAGGGAUUGCCCUCGGUGUCUUGGAUUUCCGAAGAGGGUGAACAUACUUUUGUCCGCGACCUCGGUCGCGUUGAAACGACAGUUGAUGCUGCUGAGUUGGUUGCUGUGUACGUUGCUGCGUCGGCGGUCGGCUACGUGGGCUUCAGAUUUGGUCAGACGCAGGAAGCUCGUGAGCAAAAUCCUGCACUGCAAGAUGGACACUUUCGACGAGUGUCACCAAUGCCUUGUGGCUGCGUGCUCGCGAUGAGCUUCGACAAGGGGAAUGACGAUGAUGCAGUCGUUUUCGACGACGAUGACGACCGGGGUGUCUUCCUUUCCGACGGCAAGAAAGUUGGGACUUCAACGGGUACAAGGGCUUCGUGGUAUGUCCUCAUGGCGACGUUUGAGCUCUGGCCGUUUUGGCUCAACUUCGGCUUCUUCGAGGGAUUGGACAUCGUUGUCAACGACUACGAAGGAAUUGGAAAGAUCAAAGAUGAGUUAGUGGCUGUCACUGCUUCCGUUCAGUGGGCGCCUGACAUUGCCGAGCUUUUGCUUCAGAAGAGCGGCCGGGAAGUCUUGGCGCUUCAGGGCUUCCAAAAGGCUAUCUGCGGAAACUUCUUCUCUGACACUGAACACCAGGGCAUGGCAGAGGCAGCUCAAGAAGAAACUCAGGCUGCCGCUACUCAGCUUGAUGCAGCGUCUCAGAAGCGGCCGCCCGCUACAGGGCAGCCACCGAGUAAGAAGCUCAAAUCCGUUGUUGAUUUCGGUUCUUCCGAGCGAAUUGAGGACCCCACCUGUCCGCUUGUAGGAUACGAAGUUGUAGAGGCCGGGGGCAAAGGAGCCUGCAGCUACAAGAGUUUGGUCGCUGCUCUGUAUUUCUCUACGAAAUACGAUCUAAAGCUCAGCGAAGACUCAAUUUGCAAGGACGCUGCUAGCCUCAGGGUUAAAACAGCGCAGUGGUUGCUGAAGGAGGAGCGUCGUUUUCAGGCAGGCUGGCAGCCUGACGAGGCCAACCCAGAGUACACCAGAGAGUCUUGGCAAGAGUACUUGCAAAAGUGCGAAGAGCCCAGUUUUUGGAUUGAUGAGCUGCAGUUGAAGGCGGCUGCAGAGAAAAUGAAGGAAAGGGUCGUUGUCCACUACAUUGUGUUGGCCAAUCUUCAUGACUUGAAGAAUGUCGAAGUGCGAAAGGUCGAGGGCUGCCUUACUAAGGGGGCUGUGUCUAAGAUGAGUGUUUUGAUGCGCAAGAGGUUGGGGCUAGGAUUUUUCAAUCCAGUCUUCCUGCUGUCUGAGCCCCUUGACUUUGAGUUAGGGCCUCUGCGGGAUCAUCUGCAGUUUGCUCACGUGGCUGCCGGGGUGGAGUACCUGUCCACGGAUAGUUCCUGCAUUGAUUUGGCCAUGGUUCGCCACCUCACCGUGCUUGAUUUUCAUAAAGACUUGAGAAUUGCUGAUCAUGAUUUCCGCCCCAUUGGCAUUACUGCGAUUAUCACCAGAUGUAUCGAGAAGAUGUUGCUGAGACGCUACAAGCAGUGGGCGUCCCGCCGUCCUUUGCUUGUGAGACAGAGUGACCUUUCCAACUGCUUUACGCGCUUGGACUGUGACGUCGCUAAGAAGUUGGCGGAGUGGCAUGGAGUGAGGCCCCGGGAAGCCGAGCUCUUCUUCGGUUUGAAUCGUCUUUGCCCCGCGGCGGUCAAAGCAGGUGCUGCCUGUGGCGACUGGUUUUUGCCCGAGCGCGGGAUGGCCCAGGGUGAUCCUGUUAGUCCGCUCGCUGCAGCUUUGUAUUCUAACGCUCACGCUGCAGUUCUCCAUUCUGCCUUUCUUCAGGUCUUUCUCAAGACUUACGUUGAUGACAGGACGGUUUGUACUCACAGCAGCGAAGAGACGCACGGGAUUGUCUUCUUGCUCACCGAACUGGACUAUCUUAGCGGCCAGGCAGAAGACCCGUACAAAGAAGAAUGGGCAUGGGUCUCCCUCGCUGUCGCCAAAGGCUGCUGCCAGGAGAAAGGAAGUUCACCGCUGGUUGAAUCGCAAGCGGUACGCUGCUUGGAGACAUCGUGGUGCCUCAUGGGUGAUGAUUACAAAAGGGUGGCAGGUCGAGCCUGUGGCCAUCCAGACCUUUGCCGUUAUUUCUGCAGCCAGAAGCCUUCAGUCCAGUCAGUGGAGCAGGCAUGGAAUGACAGCAGUGGCGUCGGCGUCCUCUUCGCUGACACUCUCAGGGACGCUUAUGCGAGGCUUAAGUGGGGACACACUGGUUCGCCUUUCGUGUUCCAACUUCCUCAGGGCAAGGCGGAGCUUGGCAUGAUCAGCGAAGCUGAUCUCGGACACUUGUUGCGGCAAGGCUGGCGCAACAUGGCAUUGAUGUCCAUCCUCUUCAUUAAAUUAGUUUGUUGGUGCCGCGACUCCAAGCGAACGCGCCUUGGCUUGGAGAUGUACCGUGGCAGCCGUACCACCAUCCACAUGAUGUGGGAGUGCCCCAACGCCGAGGCUCUCGCAUUAAGGGCUAAGCAUUGCAUCAGUUUUCCCGAAGCUGAGGACUUUGGCGCCUUUUUGCAGAAUGGUUGGGCUCCAGCUCCCGUGCCAGUGCGAGGAGUAGACUUCACCUUUCAGUCCAUUCAGAAAUGGGCUGACGAGCUUAGCAGGGAGUUGGUCACUCACGCUCCUGUUGCUUCUGAGGAUAAGAUUUUUCUUGCUACCGACGGUAGCGCGCAGGAUUCAGCUCACCCAGACACAAGGGUGGCUGCCUUUGCUGUUGCUUGGGAUACUGAGGAGGGGACUCACACCUACGCCCGCGACAUAGGUCGUGUUGAAUCCACAGUUAACGCUGCUGAACUUGUUGCUGUUGUUGUGGCAGCAGCUGCCAGUGAACAAGCUGGCCUGAAUAGUGUGAAAAUUUUGAUUGAUCAUGAGGGGGCGGUUCCGGGCUCAGUAGGUUCCGUGUCUCGUGCUGCUAAGGUUCUUAUGUGGACGCACUUAGCUUCCAUUUUCAGUCGCAAUUCCUUUGAUAUUUGGUGGUGCCCAGUCACGGGCGCGCCAGGGAACGAUCUGUUCAAGACCGAGGUCUUCGAUUCCCUGCACUCGUCGGCUGCGUGGUCUUCAGAUCUGGUUAGACGCAGGAAGCUCGUGAAUAAGAUCCUGCACUUCAAGAUGGACAUUUUCGACGA